AUGAGCACUGAGAAAGACCGUUUGGAUCUCAACCACGUCGCAAGUAUCGGGAGUCAUUUACAAACAGAAGAUCAUGAUAUUAAUUUAAAUACUGUUUUGUCAAGUCCACAAAGUAUUGGAGAAAUAGGAACCUCAUUAACUAAUGUACAAAAAGAUUAUAUUUUGAAAAGAUUACAUUUUGAUGCUUUAGAAUCUUUUCAAGACUUACCACCUGAAUGUACUUUCAUUUUUGAAAAAAUUGAACAAAUGUCAACAGAAGAGGGAAUCGAAAUUUUGAAAGAGGCUUAUGAGGAGCACAAAGAUGAUGUUAAUGUCCCAGAUCAUGAUUUAAAGUUAUGGAAAGCAUUAUUUGAUAAUAAUUCAAGAGGUGUUACUCAUUAUGAUGAAAAAUAUAAUGGAGAUAACUCAGUUGAUUCAAAAGGACAUCCUGUUCAAGUAUCAACACUUUCUGACUCAAGUGAGGAUAUCGAUUCAAAAAAUGAUCCUUCUACAGGUGAAGUUAAAAUAAUUGAUUGGAGUCUACAAGUUAGAUUAGAGGCUGUUUUACUUGCUUAUUGGUCACCUUAUCCAGAAGUUAGAGCUGUUACAUUUCCAUACGAUGAUCCAUCCAUUCCAGUUGAAACAGUAAGAGUUUAUAUUGUUGGUAUUGUUUGGACUGCUAUUGGAGCUGUGAUUAAUCAAUUUUUUACUGAAAGACAACCUAGUAUUUCACUUGCGGUAUCAGUAGUUCAAGUCUUUUCAUACCCAUCGGGCAAAUUAUUAGAAUGGAUUUUACCUAAAUGGAAAUUCAAGAUAGGUAAAUACUCAGUCAAUCUAAAUCCUGGACCUUACAAUUACAAAGAACAAGUAUUGGUUACUAUUUUCUGCUCAGUUUCUGGUGGUGCUACAUCUUAUGUCUCGUCAAACAUUCUCAUGCAAAAGUCAAAGUUGUUUUAUAAUAAUCAAUGGGUUGAUUUUGGUUAUCAAGUUUUACUUAUUUUAUCAACCAAUUUCUUAGGAAUCGGAAUAGCAGGUAUUUUAAGAAAAGUUGCUGUUUUUCCUGUCCAAGCUAUUUGGCCCGAAUUACUUCCUAGUUUGGCUUUAAACAAAGCUUUAAUGGUUCCAGAGAAGAAGGAAAACAUUAAUGGUUGGAAAAUUUCAGGUUAUAAUUUCUUUUUCAUUUGUUUUUUUGGGAUGUUUUUAUAUUUUUGGAUUCCACAGUAUUUAUUUCAAGCAUUAUCUACUUUCAAUUGGAUGACUUGGAUUGCACCAAAUAAUAUGAAUCUUUCUGUUGUUACUGGUUUUGUUGGAGGUUUAGGUUUAAAUCCAAUACCCACCUUUGAUUGGAAUAUUAUUGAUUUUAACGGAUGUUUGCAAUACCCAUUUUAUAAUCAAUCAAACAUGAUUGUUGGUAUGUUCAUUGCUUUUUUCACAAUUUUAGGAGUUUGGUAUUCAAAUUUCAAAUGGACUGGCUAUUUACCAAUUAAUAGUAAUGGGCUUUUCACUAAUACGGGUGAACCUUAUCAUGUUACUGCCGUUGUCAAUGAAAACAGUUUGUUCGAUGAUGCUAAAUAUCAGGAAAUUGGACCUCCAUUUUAUACUGCUGCUAAUUUAGUUAUUUAUGGUGCGUUUUUUGCUAUAUAUCCAUUUCAUUUUGUAUACGAAUUGUUGAUGCAUUAUAAGCAAAUGAAACAUUCAAUGUUACAAUUGUGGAAAACAAUUAAAAAUUAUAAACUUUCAACUUAUGAUGGUUUUAACGAUCCACAUAGUGUUAUGAUGAGAUCCUAUAAGGAAGUUCCUGAAUGGGUAUAUCUAAUUGUGUUGGUGAUUUCAUUAGUUUUGGCUAUCAUUUGUGUUAAAGUGUAUCCAGCUCAAACACCAGUUUGGGGUUUAUUUUUUGCUUUAGGUAUUAAUUUUGUAUUCCUCAUACCGUUGACUACAAUAAGAGCUAGAACAGGUUUUUCCUUUGGUUUAAAUGUAUUAGUUGAAUUGAUAAUUGGAUAUGCUAUCCCAGGAAAUGGUUUAGCUUUAGCUUUCAUCAAAGCUUUUGGUUAUAAUAUUGAUGGUCAAGCUCAAAAUUGGGUUGGUGAUUUAAAAUUAGGACAUUAUGCAAAGAUACCCCCUAGAUCUAUGUUUAGAUGCCAGAUUCUUUCAAUUUUCAUUGCUUCAUUUAUUCAAUUAGGUAUUUUAAAUUUUCAAAUCACAGGUAUUAAAGAUUAUUGUGAUCCACUAAAUACUCAAAAAUUCACUUGUCCUGGUACUAGAACAUUUUAUUCAGCUUCAGUCUUAUGGGGAGUCAUUGGUCCUAAAAAAGUUUUUGAUCAUUUAUAUCCACUUUUGAGAUGGUGUUUCUUGAUUGGAUUUUUAUUGGCUUUCCCAAGUGCUGCUAUAAAGAAAUUUGGACCCAAGAAAUAUUUCAAAACUUUUGAACCAACAAUUAUUAUCGGUGGAUUCUUACAAUAUGCUCCUUAUAACAUUAUAAUUUUCUUUGCUGUACAAUAUCAUGAUAAAUCAAUCAACUGGUGGGGAAAUAAUGUAAUGUAUGCUGGUAUGGACUAUGAAAUAUCUGCAAUUGGUCGUCUUAAUGCUACUUUACAGGCUCCAGAUGGUUAUUUUGGACCAAGAAAAGGACAUUUCCCGUAA